AUGGUUUCUGUGUUCCUUUCACGAAUUGUUGUGCUCACGGCGGGCACCCUCUAUCCUGCAUAUCGAAGCUAUAAAGCUGUUAGAACAAAGGAUGUGAGAGAGUAUGUUAAAUGGAUGAUGUAUUGGAUUGUUUUUGCUUUCUUUUGCUUCAUAGAAACGAUUGCCGAUGUCAUUGUCUCAUUUUGGCUACCGUUUUAUUACGAAUUAAAAAUUAUUUUCGUAUUAUGGUUGUUGAGUCCUUGGACCAAAGGCGCUUCAAUCUUAUAUAGAAAGUGGGUACAUCCUACGUUGACAAAACACGAGAGAGAUAUUGAUCUGCUGCUGGAACAUGCCAAGUCAGAAAGUUAUAAUCAGGUAAUGCGAUUAGGUAGCAGAGGUAUAUUGUGUGCUCGUGAAAUUAUUGCAACAGCCGCAUUACGAGGACAAGCGCAGCUUGUGCAACAGCUGCAGCGUUCAUAUAGCGCCAGCGAUGUUAAUAACAGAGAAUCAUCAUCAAAAGUAAUCCGUGUGACGGAAAUUCAAGAAGAUGACGAACAUGAACCAGAGAGCAGUGGUGCUAUAGAUGUUUUGGAAGAUGAAAUUGCUUCUAUUAUGGAACGUGAAGACCGAACCGAAGCAUUGCGUCGGAGCUCUAGACGUCGGAGAUCGCCCGCGUCGGAAACGAUUUACAAUACAUUACCGCGUCGGACAACACGUCAACAUAAAUAA